CAGCUCUAUAACUGUCAUCUUGUUGCUCCUUAUAGAACAUUUCUUUUUCGCUUUUCUUGUGGCUGUUUUUCCCCUGCUAGCACUCAGUAUGUCUGGGCGCGGGAAGCAAGGAGGCAAAGCUCGCGCCAAGGCUAAGACCCGGUCAUCGCGAGCCGGGCUCCAGUUCCCCGUGGGCCGAGUGCACCGCCUGCUCCGAAAGGGCAACUACUCCGAGCGGGUCGGUGCCGGGGCCCCCGUGUACCUGGCGGCGGUGCUGGAGUACCUGACGGCUGAGAUCCUGGAGCUGGCGGGCAACGCGGCCCGCGACAACAAGAAGACGCGUAUCAUCCCGCGCCACCUGCAGCUGGCCAUCCGCAACGACGAGGAGCUCAACAAGCUCCUGGGUCGCGUGACCAUCGCUCAGGGUGGCGUCCUGCCCAACAUCCAGGCUGUGCUGCUGCCUAAGAAGACCGAGAGCCACCACAAGGCCAAGGGCAAGUGAAACGUUUAGCAGUUCUUCAGUACCCGUUCCGAAAAUCAAAGGCUCUUUUCAGAGCCACCCACUUUUCUCCCGGAAAGCGCUGAAAUACUUCGUAAGUGUAGGAGACGUGUUCAAGUCUUAAUGUGUAGUUCCGCUUAAUUUUAUUUUAGGCUGUUAAAAGUUUUGCGUUUAAAAAUGGGAAACCGCUCCCAUGUUUGCCACAAAGGGGCUAAAUUGUUAGCCGUUGGUCACAUUUUAUGCACCGUAAAUUCUUAGAAAAAUUCAUGAAACUAGCUUUCUGCCAUCCCUUUAACUGAAAAGAUGCAAUACGUUUGUAAACUCACAUAAAGAACCCCUGUUAAGGGAAUUCUGUGUCAGGACAUAAAUUAGGGCUUUUAGGUUUGGAUAACGUAUAUGUAUGUAAAUGACAGGAUACAGACCAUAAUGCCUCAUGUUGAGUGGUGGUUUUGCAUGUACACGAGGUAUAUACAUUAUUACAUAUAAUGUAUAGUCAAACGAACUUGGUGUCAAAAAGUAAAAUAUGAAUAAAAUAAAUGAGAGAACAAAGGAGGAAUAGCUGACCAAUGACAUGUCUGGGCGGGCUUUUUAAAUUCUGCGAAUGACGGCAUUAUUAGUGAGAAUUGUUUAGUCCAUAGGUCGUUUCUCCUUUCAGAAAAAUUCAAUGAAUGAAGUACACUAAAAUCUCUACUAAGUGAAACCUUACUGUUAUGGACUCAAUUCAAAGUGGACUAUAAACUUGAAAUAAAAUUUCGAUAACUCAUUUAAUCUUUAAUGGAAUCCAACCGUAUUUCUCCUAAAGGCAACGUGAGAACCAAUUAGAUCACAGCGCGGGAACUAGGAAUCAGACUGAUCUGCACCCAUACAUAAGGUCAGAACCGGCACCAGCACCACACUACUCUCCAGCCAGUUUCCUUUUC